AUGAGAAAUCUAACGUUAAUACUUGUUAUAAUUCUUAAUAUUACGUUGUUUUCUACUUUUGUAGUCUCUCAAACAACACCUUCUGCUAGUAACUUUACAUCUGCUGCUAAUAAUGUUACAGGUGUCGCAUGUUUUAUCGUAAAAG